CAGGCCGCUGCGACCUCGGCUGGAAGGGGGGUGGGGGCUGACCUUGUCAGCCUCGGAGGCGGGGCCGUGUCUUCCCAGCACUCCGGAGUCGGGCUUCCGGGGGCCCGGGCGGAUUGCCCUCUUGCCCCAGCCCUAGGCCGGGUUCGGGCCUGCAUGGAGCCUUCGGGGGCGGCCCGGCCCAGCCCGGAGGUAGUGUACCAGCUGGCCGGGGCCCUGGGCACCGAGCUGCAGGGGCUCGCCAGCCGCUUCGGGUCCGAAACGGUGGCUCGGCUGGUACCCCAUGUGGUGCGGGCGCUGGAGCUGCUGGAGGGGGCGGCGGCGGGGGCGCCCCUCGAGCUAGAGGAGGGGAAAAAGGAGGGAGAGGGCACGGGAGGCCGGGCCCCGAGGAGACCUCAGCCAGAACUGCGGAGCGAGAACGAGGAAGUCCGCGAGCGGCUGCGGGACGGUCCGCAGGACGAGCGGCUCCUGCUGCGGCAGCUGAAGCAAGUGAUCGACCGACAGCGGGACCAGCUCCGCGCGCAGAGAGGGGAGCUGCAGCUGCGGGGGCAGGAGGCGGAGGCGUUGCAGGAGCAACUGCAGAGACUCCUGCGGGUGAACGGGGAGCUUCGAUGCAAGCUGGCCGCCGUGCAGGUCCAGCUGCGGGCAGCGCUUCAGAGGGCAGCCGCGGCGGAGGGGGCGCCAUCCCAGGCCGGGGCCCCGGAGGCGCCCGAGGCGUGCGCGGAGGCGAGUGUGGCCCCAGUCACUCUUCUCCCCAACCCGGGCGUGGGAGAGGGCCAGGCCUCCGAGCUCCACUCCCCGUUUCCCACUUGGGCUGUUCGCCAGCUGGCGCGGGCCAGCUCCGUCCUUCCUGGUCCUUUACUCCCCCCAAAGAGCCCGGGACGGGGCUGCCGAAAGCUUGGGGCUCGGGGACCUCUGCCCCCAGGCACUCCCCAGCUGCUGCCUAGUUCCCCCGCAGCCGUCACCCCGGAGUGGCGGGAGGUCGGGCCGGUGGGGAUGGCGCGUCUCGGCGAGACCCAGAGGCCCUCCCCUUUCCUCUCGGCCCCCCCUCAGGCUGCGCCCCGGGGCCCGGGGAAGGACGGCUUCAGCAGAGAGGAGGUCAGCCAGAUCCUGCAGGAGCGCAACGAGCUGAAAGCCAACGUGUUCUUGCUGCAGGAAGAGCUCGAUUAUUACCAUCGGGAGCUGCUGGCUGACCGGCGCGUCCCGGGGCUCCUGCUCACCGCCAUGAAGUCGGCUGUGAAGAAACAGAGGAGGAAGAUCAAGGCCAAGAUGCUGGGCACCGUGGAGGAGCCGGGGAGCAGUGAAGAUGAGGAUGAGGAUGAGGAGGAAGAUGAAGAGACCUCAUGGCUACCCCGCUCUGAUGUGGAUGGGGCAAGCCCACCUGCACCCCCUGAAUCCAGAAUCAGGAGUUUCUUCAGCCUUUGGUAUCGGGGGAGCCCAGAGCCCUCUGCGGAACUCUCGCCAACUGGGGAGCCCCCCUGCUCCCAGGGGGAGCUGAAGGAGGAAGAGGAGGAGCCUCCCCCAGCUCCCCCCGAGCCCUCUGGGGCGACCCUGUGACCACCCAGCCGGACCAGGCCCCUGCUCGUAGAAUGUAUCCCUAACCCUUGAAUGUUUGACAUGUGUAGCAAGUGCCUAAUAAAUGUCUGUUGACUGAC